AAAGUGCCCCACUGUGCUGUGCCCACAAACAAAAUAAAAGAAAAGAAACUAUACACAAUUUCUGUCAAUAAUGAAAUUGAAAUCACUUAAAAAUAGUAAUCUAGCCGUUUUACAGUGAAGUUGUGUGUUAACAAACUUUCGCCAGCCUCUAUUCUAAUGGAUUCAAUAUACGUGCAGCAGCAACCCCUUCCACAUGAUGAAGAUCCGGACGUUUUGGCCGAGGAUAAUACCCGUCCAUCACUGCCGGAGGAUUUUCCAAACUUUCGCGAUUUUCAGAUCGAAAAAAUGGUUCUGUACUUCCGGGUUGUUACCGAUGGUACGGAACAACGGCUCCGGCUCGGUUUCAAAUGCAAACUGUGCGGGGAGGUUUUCAACAAGACUAUGCAGCUGCUCGGGCACAUCCGGAACCAUUUCGAGGAUAAUCACAUCUGUAAGGACUGUGGGAAGUACUUUUUCGACACGAAUAAGCUGCUCAUCCAUAAGAGGGCCAAACACACUCAACCUUUAAAAUGCCAGCUGGGAUGCUUAAGCUAUACUACGUCGAAUUUUAAAUGCCUGCAGACGCAUUAUUUGCGUUCACAUUGUAUAAAGAUACGGUCUAAGGAUAUGAAAAAGAUGGAAGAAUCGCCAACUCCCCCCUACCGACAGAGCAGCAACGAAAGUAAAACAAAAAUGCAACGUGAGACAAUUGCUGAUCAACAACGGUCCCUUUCGGUAGUACAAACUGUUCAGCAAUCAUCGCCCGAGGUCGAAGAUGAAGACGAUGAUGAGGCAGAGGAUCACGAUGAAGAUGAAUUUGAUGAGCCAGAAGAUUACGGUCAGACGGUUGAAUGCUGUGUCUGUGACGUUUAUAUCCCAACUGAAGAAGAUUUGAAAGUUCACGAGCAAACCCACAGCAGUCCCUAUACUUGUAAGAUUUGCUUCACUGUUUAUGACCAGUUAUCGGACGCUCGGAAUCACUAUGACGCGCACGAGAAAACACAGGUCAUGCAGAACCCAGUUCAGCUACAAACGGUGACGCUCACACCGGCGGUUACUAUCCAGCAUCAAGCCCAACCAGCUCCCAUUCCUAUAGCGACCACGUCCGGUCAACAGCAAGCCGCACCCAACAUGACCACUAUGUUGAUCAUGCACAAUGGCACACCGAUGUUGGUACCGGUUCAAACGUUCGAUAGCAGCCAACUAGUCCAAGCCUUUCCUACCCAUUCGAUGCCAGCUCAAAUCAGUGCACAACCUGCGCCAGGCACAACCACAAUCACCCCUAUAACGACCGCCUGGCCCAUCAAUCAUCUGCUUCCUGUCAACAAUCAGAUCGAAAUCAUUCCAAUUCAUUCAGCACAGAGCGCCGCGGCGGCAGGGCCCAGUCAGGCUGUUACACUCAACCAAAUUCCAAUUCAGAACGCGGGAAAUGGAGGGAUUGUGCUUACACCGGUCACGACAAUUGAUCAGCAUCACUAUUUGAGGCAACAGCAAGCAUUGCAGGCACAGUUUCAGCAGCAACAGCAGCUGCAGCUGCGACAACAGCAACAGCAACUUCAACAGCAGCAGUAUCAGCCACAACUGUAGGCUCAUUGGUAAGAAACAGUUAAAAUUACAACUCAAAAGCCCGGUCCGGCUUUCAAUCCAAUAUGUUUGAAAGUAGGAUGCAAGCAAAAAUAUCUAAUUGUCGUAGAUUCAGAGCGCUUUUCAAAAUUAAGUUAUUCUUAUUUGUUUUAUAGUUUAUUACUAUUACAUAAGUAUUUAACUAUUUUUUUAAAUAAAUAGAACAAAAUCGUUCCAUGUCGCUGGAUAUGUAAUAAAGUUUUUUUUUAUCAUAUUGUCUAAAUUCAAAGACAAA